AUGUUCAACUUUAUGUGGCUAGAACCACGUCCGCCAACGUCCGUCAGACGUCCGCCAACGUCCGUAAGACGUCCGCCAACGUCCGUCAGACGUCCGCCAACGUCCGUAAGACGUCCGCCAACGUCCGUCAGACGUCCGCCAACACGUCCGCCAACGUCCGUAAGACGUCCGCCAACGUCCGUAAGACGUCCGCCAACGUCCGUAAGACGUCCGCCAACGUCCGUAAGACGUCCGCCAACGUCCGCCAGACGUCCGCCAACGUCCGUCAGACGUCCGACAACGUCCGUCAGACGUCCGCCAACGUCCGUAAGACGUCCGCCAACGUCCGUAAGACGUCCGCCAACGUCCGCCAGACGUCCGCCAACACGUCCGACAACGUCCGUCAGACGUCCGCCAACGUCCGUAAGACGUCCGCCAACGUCCGUAAGACGUCCGCCAACGUCCGUAAGACGUCCGCCAACACGUCCGACAACGUCCGUCAGACGUCCGACAACGUCCGUCAGACGUCCGCCAACGUCCGUAAGACGUCCGCCAACACGUCCGCCAACGUCCGUAAGACGUCCGCCAACGUCCGUAAGACGUCCGCCAACGUCCGUCAGACGUCCGCCAACGUCCGUCAGACGUCCGACAACGUCCGUCAGACGUCCGCCAACGUCCGUCAGACGUCCGCCAACGUCCGUAAGAUGUCCGCCAACGUCCGCCAGACGUCCGCCAACGUCCGUCAGACGUCCGCCAACGUCCGCCAGACGUCCGCCAACGUCCGUCAGACGUCCGCCAACGUCCGUCAGACGUCCGCCAACGUCCGUAAGAUGUCCGCCAACGUCCGCCAGACGUCCGCCAACGUCCGUCAGACGUGCGUGA